AUGCAUUCCCGGAUACUACAGCUACCACUGCGGGCGCCUAUCCAAAGGCUUCCGAUUGCUGCCCAAUUACCUAUUCGACACGCAUCCACCGCCGCCCCCCAAUCCCCAUCCGGUCGUUCGCGAUGGACCCGCCGUCUAAUCUACGCCAGCAUAUUUGGAGUUCUGGGGAUCGCAGCUGGCGGGGCGCUAGAUAGCAAAAUUUCUGCGCCUCCUCCGCCGGGGUCACCGGAGGAUCGGAUAUACAUGAAAGAAAUUGAGGCCGUUUACGAAGGGGGUCUCCCGAUCGUGCAGGAGCUACGGCAGAACCCUGAUUGGGAGGAAUCGGGUGUAUACCAAGGCAUGCCAGAUGAAAGCAGAGCCCAUCGGUUAACUUCGAAGGCAUUGGCUGGAAGCAGAGGAAUAGCAUUACAGAGAGUCUUCUCAAAUGCCAAGGAGAAAAAGGUUGUUAGUGUGGUCUAUCUCGGAUCCGGUCUGGAAGGGUGGCCCACCAUGAUCCACGGCGGUGCUUUGGCCACUGUAAUCGAUGAGAAUAUGGGACGAGCAGCCAUUCGACACUUUCCCGAACGAACUGGAGUGACUGCCAAUAUGGAUCUCAACUACCGGGCUCCUGUUUACUCGGGUUUAUUUUACACCUUCCAUACGCGGUUGGACCAGGAACGGAGCACGGACCGCAAGGCUUACACCAUUUGUGAGGUACGCGAUCUGACAGGCAAAGUCUGUGUCGAGGCCACGGGUCUAUUCGUCGUACCCAAGAAGUUUAAGCUUGCGUCAAUUGGUGAGCGGUUCUAA